AUGAUGUACAACUAUCCUGAACUGGACGUUGGUUGUCUCGGAGAUGGAUGCAGUGGAUAUCCAACUUGCAUCAUCAACGGCACUGCACUUGGAUCGGAUUUUGGAAACGUCGACGCCUACUACACCUUCCCAAUCAGCACUUGCGCCCUUCUCAUCAACUUCCUCCUUGCCACCAGGAUCGUCGGAUGCAGAUAUGUGAAUCUGUUCUUCAGCACCUUCGCAUUCUUCUGUGGAUUCGUCUUCCCUAUCCGCUUCAUUUUCUUAGCCAUGCAGACUUUGGAGUUCACCAAAAUCGGCGGAGAUUACUACACGCUUCUCCUUGUCAACCCGGACCACUACGAUUGCCCGUUGUUCUCUGGAAGCCUGGAUUCUGUCUUGCUCAUGCACUUUCGCUUCAUUCUGCUGGUCGUCGACUUUGUCACGUUCCACUUCAUGAUCGUCACUGUUCCAUUGUACUACAACGACGACAAGUUCAAGCUCACGAAGUACAGCGCUGUCACUGAUGAGCAAACCGACGAUUUGUCGAUCCUCGUUGUCAAGCACUAA